CCGUGCUUGUUUCUGCGUGCGUGCCGUCGUAAUCUGCUUCGAUCGACCCUGCAUUUCUUUGUUGGUGCGUCUGUGUGUAUGUAGAGUGGUGGUCAACGUGCGCAGCAUCAACUGGUGUGGUGGGCCGAUCAUGCCGUCUUUCUGUGCAGCCUACGGUUGCACGAACACCAGCGGCCGCGACGAUGUUGUCUUCCAUUGCUUCCCACAAGACAAGAAGCUUUUUAGGAAGUGGGAGGCUGUUGUAAAGCGAAAGAAUUUCAAGCCCUCAAGAACAACACUGCUGUGCUCCAACCACUUCCGUGACGACGAUUAUCACGAGAAUUUGUCGUUAAAACGUGCGUUGGGUUUGCCAGUCAAGUCGGCUCGUCUAAAGCCCGGCGCAGUGCCGUCAGUGUUCGCGUACACAAGGAGCUCGUCACCGCUGUCAAGGCCAGCUUUCGCGAAAAGAAGGAAGCUUGAGGUUCUCAAUGAACUGUUAGGCAACACGGCUUGCACUGAAGACUGCGCACCAAGUGACUGCGCACCAGGUGACUGCACACCAGAUGACUGCACACCAGAUGACUGCACACCACAUGACAGUGAAGAUCAAGAAUUCAUGGCAGUUGACAUCACAGAUCAUGACUGCGCUACAAGAAACUUGCCACUUGCAGACGGUGCCCAAGAACCAGCACUGAUCUCCCAUAAAGGUGACGACAAGUGCUUUCAAGUCAUUAUUCAUCCUGAAAACUGCUCUAAGGCAUCACAAGUGAACAUGAAAAGAAAAUGCAAAUCAAAGGAAGCACAGACAAAGUCUUCUGGUGUUUCUAUAGGUGUUCAGGUUGGUACCUCGAUGGUUAGUGUGGCCACCCAGGUACAGUUGGGCACUACGGUGUGUGAAGCAAGCUCCGAGGACAGUGAUAACGAGGAACUCUGUGACAAUGGCGACUCAUUUAGCCGUGAUGACGACUACUGCCCCUUGAGUGACUGGAAAGAGGGGAAUAUCGACUCCGAUGAAAGGAAUUGCAGUGAGGACUGCAGUGACACUCCUGAUAAUGAAAGAAUUAUUUUAGUCCAGGAGAAACAGCUUAGGAAGCUUUUCAAUUUCUGCCGCAAGUGCUUUGCACCUUGCACAUGUCAUGUCCAGUGCCAAGGAACUCUUUUUCAGAUGACUACAGUCUGCAAGUCGGGCCACACGAUUUCUUGGCAAAAUCAAAAUUGCAUUCAGCAGUUGGCUGUGCUCAACCUGCGGCUUUCUGCAGCCAUACUAUUUUCUGGGUGCAACCCAACUGCUACCCUCCGGAUGCUUUCGCUUGUUGGGGUACAAGUAUUCGGAGAGAGGACAUUUUUCAACAUUCAGCGUUCUCACCUCUGGCCUGCCAUUGGGAAGGUGUGGAAAAACGAACAGCAACUGUUGCUUGUGGAUAUAGGGGAGCAAAAAGUGAGACUUGCCGGUGAUGGGCGAGCCGAUUCGCCUGGAUUUAGCGCAAAGUUUGGAACAUACUCCUUUCUGGAUCUUCAACGCAACAAAAUACUGCAUUUUGAACUUGUGCAGUCCAAUGAAGUAGGCGGAAGCUGCUAUAUGGAGCUGGAAGGCCUGAAACGUAGCCUCAGCUUCCUCCAGGAUCACCACAUUGAUGUGACGUCAAUUGGUACCGACCGGCAUGCCCAGAUAAAGUGUUUUCUUCGGAAGGAGAGGUCCGACAUCACGCAUGAAUUCGAUGUCUGGCAUGUCGUUAAAGGUGUUCACAAAAAGUUGCUUGCUGUGGCUAAGACAAAUGACUCCAAAGAGCUCAAGGAGUGGACGCAAGCUGUUGGGAACCACCUCUAUUGGUCGGCUGCCUCAAGUGAGGGCCACAAGGAGCUAAUUGUUCCGAAGUGGAAAUCACUGCUAAAUCAUGUCAGAGACAUUCACAGCCAUGAGGAUGCACUGUUUGCAUCCUCUCUUCAUGGAGACAUUGAACCGCGGAAUUGGCUUCGCACAGAGUCGAAGGCUUUCCAGAAGCUGAAGGAAGUAGCGACUUCCAAGGCCCUCCUGAGAGAUUUGCCACAACUAGCAACGAAGUUCCAGACCUAUGGUUUAGAAGCUUUCCAUAGCGUGCUGCUGCAUUUCGCGCCCAAGUUGUGCCAGUACUCCUUUGAAGGAAUGGUGGCAAGGAGUGGGCACGUCGGCUGGCCUCCUGUCAACAUGAGGCUAAAUCCGUUCCUGUUCUUCAUGCAGUUCCUUCUUGGCUGGACAGUGACGGUCGGCGCAUUACAAGAUGGAGAACAACCGUUUAUCAUCGCUACCACCCCUGCCCAAGAUUACGCACAUGACUGGCAGCACUACAACGACACCUGGGCGUCAUCGCGCCGUGGACUAUCGACGUCACCCGCAGCUAUAAAGAGCCCACCUUGGUCACGACAGUUCAGUGGGCACGUCGCCUGGCCUCCUGUCAACAUGAGGCUAAAUCCGUUCCUGUUCUUCAUGCAGGGACAGCUUGAGACCUGUGUCCGCAAGGCCAAGAUGCCGCCAAGCCUGUCUGAAAGGCCCUUCAUGACUAUAUGGAAGAGCAGUGGUGAGAUGACUGCUCCCUGGCUGCGCGUCACACAGGAGGUGCUUGAGCAGGUUCCGCUUCCAUCCUGA